AUGCCAUCCGCAGAUUCCCCAGCUUUGAUUGUAGCUCGUUACCUCAAGAGCAACAACUACACUCAAACAUACGAGGCUUUCAUCACAGAGGCUGGCCUUCCUUAUGAUGCAGGGAACGUGACUAGAGGCGACUUGGACCUGGAGACGUUACUUGAAGAAAAGAAGAAUUUCGAUAUUGCUGUCAAGUUUGAGAAGUUAGGCGUCGAAGAUGACAACACAGGCUGGAGAAAGCCUUUCCCCGCAAAUGCGAAGGAGAUCGAUGUCCUGCCAUCGACGUCAAACAUUUUGAGCGCCAAUGUUGAGGAUUUCGUUGAUGACGAUGGAAACACUCAACAGGUCCUGCUCGCGACCACCGCGGACAAGAGGAUAAGCCUGCUCAACGCCAGCAACAAUACUUUGCAGACCUCACUUUCCAGCAUUCACGAUGCACCUGCAUUAUCGACCCGCAAAUUGUUCCGCAAUUCCUUCCUCUCGGCAUCCAUGUCAGGUCAACUCCACCUUAGCACAUUAUCAGGCAAGACCAUGUCACAGCGCCGCGACCACAACAAGUACAUCGUCAAAAUCGCCACCUUCACCAACAAUCUGCGCAACGAGACGAUCAUCGCAACAGCGGGCUGGGACAACAAAGUCAUACUCUACAACAUCACAUCCAGCGACGACACCCUAUCUCCAUCCCUCCCCGAACCAUUCGCCACAAUCCCCCUCCAAACCAAACCCGAAGCAAUUAUCUUCGCCCGCCACCCUACAAACAAUGAACCAGUCCUCAUCCUCAGCCGAACAGACUCCAACAACAUUUUCUACUACACAGUCGAAACACCCAUACCCCGCCUCCUAGGCCAACAAAACCUCGCACCCCACUCCAACGCCUGGGUAGCAUUCACCCCCUCGGCAUUAGAAAUCUGCCCAACCGACGAAACUCUCCUCGCAGUAGGCACAAGUUCGAUCCCACAUAUGAAACUCCUCAUUGUUCGACUCCUCUUCCCAUCUUGGGACCCCGAACCGGAGAGACCCGCACCCACUGCCCUGCGCACUUCUCUCUUAGACGAAAACCUCACCCUCAACCCCGAAGAUGGAACCCUUCAAGGCCAACAACAAGAAACCCAAGCUUCUCAAGCCCGUCGUCAACUCGUCAUUGCAGAACGAGAAUUCGCUGCAAUUCAAAUCCAUUCUACGACAAUGGCUCCUCAAACUGCUUACUCGACUCCUGCGGUGGCUUGGAGACCUGAUGGAAGUGGUGUUUGGGUUAAUGGAGAUGAUGGAGCAGUUCGAGGGAUUGAAGCGACGACGGGCAAAGUGGUUAGUACAUUGCGAGAAGGCGGACAUGAGCCGGGGAGUAAGGUGAGGUGUUUGUGGGCGGGGAUGGUGAGAGGGGAGGAAGGGAAGGAGAGGGAAAUUGUGGUUUCGGGAGGGUUCGACAGGAAGUUGAUCGUGUGGUCAGUAUGAUUGAAAAUUUCUGCGUGAAGGUCUCAGACAGACGCGAGAGAAUGAGCAAGCGGGUUAGAAACCGAUCGCAGGAACGUUUUCCCAACAGGACUCGCUAUUGAGAAGUGACUGAAGUGCCUGUACUCAACAGAAUUGCAUUGGUAUCGUCGCGCAAGAGCAUACAGUGUACUAGCUCUUCUCUAUACUCAUUUCUUCGUCUUUAUGUAAACACACUCCCUUGUCCCGCAAGCGAGUGACGAAGCCAUCGGCCCGCGCUCAAAUCGAAUCGCUCGCUCCUCGCUUUCACCGUUUAUAUCGCUCCCGACGUGUCAUGGUGCUUUCGCAUCACUGCAUGCCAUUCCUCUGUCCGUAUAGAUUACGCCUUCUCCUGUCCUGCCAAGAAGUGCCCAGAGUGAGAUGUCCGUCUUCGCCGGCCCUAAGAGUCGGCAUCCGUUCUUCACUUGUCCCAUCGAUGAGCCUCAUCACCUCCUGACCAAGACUUAUCCUCGUAGCCCACUUGCUCCUUGACUGACUUGACAAGCUUAUCGUCGCCCAUGUUCUUGCCAAUAUCAUCAGAAAGCUUGAUAGCAUCGUUCCCGUUCGCCUUGCUGACUUUGAUGACGAUGUUCAAAGGUACACUCUUCUUGUUCGCCUUGGUAUCCCAGAAGUCAUUCGUGAAGAACGUACCUACGCCAAACGACGCAGUGAGUCCCACCUUUUCAGUUGCAUGCUUGUACUGAAUCGCCUUCUCCACAUUUAAGCUGUCGGAGAAGACGAUCGUCUUCUUCUCCUUGAUGCCUUGCGUGUCAUAGAACUUGCGCAUCAAUUGAAUGAAUUCAAGCGGGUCGCCUGAGUCCUGUCGCACUCCGGUGAAGAUCUCGGCGUAAGACGGAUUGCCCUUCUCGGCAUCUGAGGUGUGGCCACUCGAGGGAGCGGGCUUGGAAAAUGCUCGGAGGAAGGUUGGAGUGCCGAAGGUGUCUGUCAGAGCAAUGGCCAGCACACCACGCCCAAAUGUGCCUGUCCAGUAUUGCAGUGCCUGCUCGUUCGCAUUUGCGUAGUCUUGCGUCACAGCAGCAAUGCCCAUGAACCAUUCGUGAGCCACCGUUCCGACAGGAUUCAGCCCGUACCGCAUAGCCAGGUGGACGUUGGAUGUGCCUGUCAAUAUGCCCUUCCAGUCCUUGCCCUCUGCUUCUUUCCUAGCUGCCAGUAGACCUUGAAUUACAAGAUCGUGCGUUUUGUAAUCUCUUCGACGUCUGCUGCCGAACUCGCUGAAGACACAUCCUGCCUCGAGUAAUUGUACCCCCUUUUCCUUCGCCUUGUCCAGCUGUCCAUCAUGCGUCCAAUCCCGCUCGACGAACUUGAAAUAUGCUUCCGAUGUCAAAGCUAGCAGCGGAAUCUCGUACAAGAUCGUCUCUUUCCAGCCUCCAACCACCGCAAGACUGACGUCGCCGGGUUGUGAGUCAUCGUCGCUCCCUUCACUGGUCGGUGUGAAAGUAGUCUUGACCUGGUCUUUCGGGGCAAGGGAGAAAGUUCGAAGGAAGUCCAAGUACUCGGGUGUAAGAUAUGGACAUGUCUUGCGCAACCAGGCGAUCUCGUCAUCCGUCACUUUGAUGUUCUCCAGUUUAUCGAUUUGUGCUCGAAGCCACUUAUAUGCUGCUCGUGUCAGGCGCAUGUGGGGUGUGCGAUUCGUGAACUUGUAUUCCACUUGCACGUCGGGGAAGUACUUGAGGAUGGCGCAUUGCAUCGUCAGCUUGUACAGGUCAGUGUCGAGCAGCGAGCUGACGCCCUCGGGAUUCUCGUUGGUGGUCGCCAUCGUCCAAAUCCUCUCCCUCGCGUAUCUCGAGAUUGACUGCGGUCUAGCGUGUGUUGCGACGAUAAGGAAAUCAAGUCAGUAUUGUUUGUAAGAAAGAGUCAACGAACGGCUUGCUAUGGUGGGGCUGAUGGCGGAAGGGAGGGAGGGAGUAGAGGAGUUUCCCGGGAUGUUAUCACUUGAGCCUUUUCACCUACGCAUUCAUCGUCAUAUAUGGCAAGUGAAUAUCUCGGACUUGUGAGAGCUCUUCUGCGCAAUGUCCAGAGCAGCAAAAAGAUAAAUAUUGAUGAUCCGAGUGUGAUGUAUCACAGCUGC